GCAAGACUGUCCAUGGCGCUGAUCGAUAGCGACGACACGGCGGCGGUUCUCGCCGAACUGCGCCGCAGGAAAAACGAGGACGACCCCGACCAUUUCCACGACUACAAGGUGGACGCCGCCGGUCGCCUCGAGAGGCUCUUCUGGGCCGACGCCGAAGCGCGCGUCAGCAGCUGCGGCGACGUCGUCGUCAUCGACACCACUUUGCAGACGAACAGGUACGGCGCGGCAUUCGUCUCCUUCGUCGGCAUGAACCACCACCGCCGCCCCGUGCUCCUCGGCUGCGGCGUCCUCGCGGACCAGUCCCCAAACUCGUAUGUCGGGCUGUUGCGGGCCUUCAUGAUCUCCAUGGGCCAGGAGAGGCCCAAGUCCUUGAUCACCGACGGCGGCGACGCGCUGAUCCACGCUGUCGAGACCGUGCUCCCGCAGUCCAACCACCGGAUCUGCUCGUGCCACCUGGAGGAAGGCAUCGGGGAGCACCUCGGCGGCCGGUCGGCCCAGGACGGCUUCAGGUCGCUGAUGCUCGAGGACGGCUGCUCGCCGGUGGAGUUCGAGGAGCGGUGGCGCAGUUUGGUGGCCAGACACAGGACGGCGAGCAACCAGGAGUGGCUCUGCAGGAUGUACGUGAAGAGGGAGCUCUGGGCCGCCGCCUUCGUCCGCGACAAGUUCUUCCUCGGCCUGGCGAGAGAUGAAGACAAGGGCAUGGAGUGCCUCUGCCUAUCUUCAGGCCUGCUCACGCGCUUCUCCGAGGACAUGACGCUGCUCGCCCUGCUCCAGCGCGCAGACUCCAGUGGCAAGAACAUGCGCGCGCAAGAGGCUGAGCUGGACGAGGAGGCCGACAAGUCCCGCGUUGAGCUGACCACCGAGCACAAGUGCCUCGAGGAAGACGCGGCAAGGUCCUUCACGCCGGCCAACUUCGCAAUCGUGCUGGAGGAGAUCGAGGCGCUGGACGACUUCGAGAUCGUUGACACCCUGAGCAGCAGCUCCGGCAGAUCAGGUCACAAGGUCUACACGUUGGAUCUCCACGGCGACCUCUUCAGCGUGUUACAGUCCCACAACCACGCCAAGGACGACAAGGAGACGCACUCGAGCAUCAUCUUCAAAUGCAGCUGCCGGAAGAUGGAACGCGACGGCUUGCCAUGCCGGCACAUCUUCCACGUGCUGCAGCACGAAAAGGCGUCCUCCAUACCGAAGUGCUGCAAGCUGGGACGGCUGCUGCGGCGGGGUGACACAAGGUCCGAGAGGCUCGGCCAGAUGGAGGCGCUGGGGCGGCAGGUGUUCGACCUGGCGUCGCAGGACGCCGAGGAGUUUGAGGAGAUCAAGGAGUUCUUGCAGGGCUGGCUGGAGGAUAGAGAGCAAUAAUCUUCUUAACUGAGAUCAUCCAUCUUCUACUCGUAUCCAUUGGUCUUGUGACUUACAAUAUCUCUAGCUUCUACCAGUAUCCAAUGGUAAGCGCGUAUUAAAUCAGUGUUCUAAUUAAGUGUGUCGGGCAGUAUGAGAUGCCCAUGAAGUAGGUUAUUUAUGGAUGCCAAUUGCUGUCAUUUUAAUUAUCUGGACCUUUUAGUUCAAGUGUUGAUGCUUUGUGCGGCUA